ACUUCCCUAUCAGUUUUCAGUGUUAGUUUUUCUAACGUGUUAAAAUCACUUCUGGCGAGAGUACCUAUGGUAACACGGGAUAUAAUAUCGUUAAUCUCAUCGCGCGAGACACGCGAGCUGCGUAAUCAUGAUAGGAACUGAAACGAGUGUUGAUAAAACAGCACUUAAAAGGCCUCAGGAGUAGCCUGGCGCAUAGUCUUUUCGACAAUGGCGGUGCAGAUGUGGUACCUCCUCCUUCUAACGACGAGUUUUGUGUCACUGCGCUCUCACGGUGCAUCUUGCCCGUGUGAAAAAGAAGAGCUCUGCAAACCCAUCACAGGCCAAAAGGACUAUGAGGUCCUUGUUUUCGAUGUUGGAGGAACAGACUGGAAGUACUAUGACUGGGAUAUGGUGACAACUGUUGCUAUAUUUGGAAAAUAUGACCCAAACCUGAUGUGUUUUGCCCAUUCUAAAGGUGCAAGGGUUGUCCUUAAAGGCGAUGUCCCUGUGUCUGACAUUGUGGACCCUAAAAACCGAACUGCCUGGAUCACAGAGAAAGUAAACUUGGCAAAGGCGCAGUUUAUGGAUGGCAUAAACAUUGACAUUGAGCAAGAAGUGGGGAAGAAUUCACCAGAAUACUAUGCUUUGACUGCAUUAGUAGAGGAAUCCACAGAAACAUUUCACAGAGAGAUCCCAGGAUCACAGGUAUCAUUUGAUGUUGCAUGGUCACCAGAUUGUAUUGACAAGCGUUGCUAUGACUAUACUGCAAUUGCAAAGUCAUGUGACUUCAUCUUUGUGAUGUCUUACGAUGAAGAAAGUCAAAUAUGGGGUGACUGCAUUGCAAUGGCCAAUGCACCAUAUAUUAAGACAUUGAUUGGAUAUGAGCAAUACUUGAUGCUAAACAUUGAUCCACAAAAGAUUGUGAUGGGAGUGCCAUGGUAUGGGUAUGACUACCCAUGUCUUAAACUGUCAGAGGAGGGGGUGUGUUCCAUACCUAAGGUGUCUUUCAAGGGUGCCCCUUGCAGUGAUGCAGCUGGUCGACAGAUCCCUUACAGUACAAUCAUGAAACAGGUUAAUAAUUCCAUGACUGGAAGGUUGUGGGAUCCAUUUCAGCUUGCUCCGUACUACAACUACAAGGCUGAAGAUGGAACCAUACACCAAGUAUGGUAUGAUGACCCACUGAGUAUUUCUCUCAAGACACAGAACGUUUGGCUGUUAGGGCUGCGGGGAACUGGCAUGUGGAACGGUGACCUCCUUGAUUACAGUGACAACAGUAUUGCCCGGGAACAGACUCAAGCUAUGUGGAAGGUCCUCAAACCAGUUUAAAAGAAUGGACCAAGAACAAAUCAGCUUUUUCUUUUUCAGUAUAAUGCUUUGUCUCUUAGGUGGGAAAAGAGAGGAAUGUUCUUUCUGAAUUCUAUAACAUAUUGUAGCAUUCUGAUUUUCUUUUUUUGCAACCAUAAAACGUUGUGUAAACAAAUUAUUAGACAGUCAUGUCCUCCAUAUGGCAUUAUUAUAACUUUACCUUUCAUUUCAGUACAGUACUGCCUGCAAAUUACAUUAUCAAGGAACUGAAGUCUUAUAAGAUUACUAGUUAGAAAUAAACUGCAGAACUUGGCAAUUAUCAAUGCAACCUGUCAAGAUAAACACUUGUUACAUUGAUCAUAAAUAUUAAAAAUGGGUUCAUAUUUGAAAUCUGUAUUUAAUUUCUUAUGACUUGCCUUACAGUUGCAUAAUGUAAGCGACAUGUUUCUGCUGACAACUUUCUGUUGCUUGCCUACUAUACAAGGGUAAAAAAUCAUCCUGAUUAAAUGAUUCUUAUUUUGGGGGGGGGGGACUUUUAAUGCAAAAUAGGAAUCUAAAGCAGUUGUACCCCACAGUUUAAAUUUCAGCAUCUUUUCUUUAAAUCCCUUUUCCAACUGAUGCCUGGAUAUCUCCUUUUGUAACAAAUAAUGAAAUUAAUAUUCAAAGCUAUUUGUUUUGCUGAUAGCUUCAUCCAAAUGGACUUGGAUUUUUAUGCAUUUACAGAGCAGGAUAUGUAUUUUUACUGGACAACUUCAGAUAACUUUUAACAGGGGAACACAGCAGGAUGCUUUGGGAGACCUAACCAGUAAUAGUGGUGCUACAAUUCUGUGCACUUAUGCAAUAGGCUGUGUACCAGGUAAUAUUUCACUAAAAAUUGUAAGACCAAAACAUUUUUCUAUGCAACAAGCUGCUUUCAGUCAUAAAUCUUUAAAGUCAAGUCUUCUGCCAUUACCUGAACAGCAACAGGCAACAUUUGUGACUGAAAUGAGAAACAUUUAUCAAAUAAAGCUGCAGCUGUGAAGAUGUCAGUGGUCUCUAGGGUAGGAUACUUGCCAGCAAUUUCAGUUCAUUUCAGGGCAGCCACUGGGAAGGGAGGAUAUGAAACAGGUGUGGUACCUUCUUUCAUUCACAUGUUCUGAGUGCAAAGACCAGGAGAAUAUGCAAACCUCACAUGCCCAGAGCCAGAUUUAAACCUAGGCAGAAGCACAAAGUUCAGGCACUCUAAGGCACUAGUGAUAACAUGGCCUCUAAUCAGACAUUCUUGAGCUAGAAUUUCACUUUAUCUAAUAUGUAGAAUAGA